GAAAAAGAUAGGCACUGAAAGAGAGACAGAGAGAGAGAGAGCAACAAUGAGAGCUUUGGAACGGACUGAAUAACGUUUUGAGAGUCGUGGCGUCGCGUCGCGUCGCUCGGUAAGGGGAACUAUGGAAACACAGCGGACUAUCACGGACCUGCCGUUCGAGGUUCUUGACCUGAUAUUCAAACAACUCGAUUAUCCGAGGCAGGAAUGGCAAUUGGUGCACGCCCAUGAGAUACUGGCCGAAGAAUUCGCCUACGAAAGUCGCGAUGAUUGCAGAAAACUUUCCCUUGAUUACUGGUGGACACCCGACACCUAUGCGCUUAUUUGGAAGACCUGCGGAUCGAGUGUACGGGAAUUGGACUAUCACAAGGGUAGCGAUGAGUUGGCAAAACACUGUCCUCACUUGGAAUCCAUUGAUUUCUGUGUCGAUUCAAGAUAUUGGCAACACGUAAAGUCCUUGAUUCUGCUACUCAAAGGUAACAAUACGAUAAGAUCGACGGUUAUAGACGUGGAUGACAAAAAUAUCCCCUUUACCAUCCUGCACGGCCUGACAGAGUUUCCACAGUUAAGAAAACUGGUUUUCGUUCAUUAUAUAGGGGAUGCAGGAAGCCUCUUUAAUGCCAUGGCCUGCAUGAACUGGAGCCAUCUCUCAACCGAAAUUCCAGUCUGCCCUAAGCUCAAAUCUUUCACACUCACGUCAUGUGAAUGCCACAUCAAGAACUUGGUUUGCCAAACUAUUUUGAAGCAAUCCAAUAGCUUGGAAUAUCUGGACGUAUACUGCCGUCUGUCGGCCUUCGAUGGGGAUGGUUUUUUCGCGGUUUUGCGUGCCUGUAAAAAACUCCGAAAGUUUCGUGAUCCACUGGGAGACGUGACCAUCUACAGGGCGUACGUGUUUGCGAUGGUAGACAUUCUGCGCGAAAAUGGCUUCACACCGGAGAAACCGUUCAAAUUGUGGCUGUUCGACCGUCCACAGAUGAGGUGGAUCAAGCGAUUGGUGAGGCAAAACCACUUAUGGCCGUCAUAUGAUCCAUAGAAAUGCUUACUUUUCAGGUCGGCCAGAGUUCGAGUCCUGGAAUAAUUGACAUCCAUCUUGUUGAAUUGGAAUAAUGCGAAUAAACGUUUCAUUUGACAAAGUUA